CUUCACUCCGUCAUAGCCUCGACUUUCACUCAUCAACAACACAUAAACCGACAUGUCUGCAGUGUAAAGGGCAGUGGCUUCGGCUGCUCCUCUCUCCGUCCCCUCUCUAUGACGGCACUUCCACCCAGCUUCGAGACAGCCCAAUAUGGCACCGCACAGGACACCGCGAAAUAAAAAACAGCAAAAUGUAUUCUCCCCAAGCCGAACCAAUGGCGCCGGCCCAAAGAGUCCAAUGCAGGAGAUGCCACCCUUUCGCCCUUCUUUGGUCUCGCAACCCUCAGAGACCUAUGAGGCAGCACAGGAAGAUGAACGAGAAGUCUUGAAGGCCAUCUUCAUGGAGGAUUAUGAAGAGUCAGAGCCCAAGCAAGCCUGGGGAAAGUACUCGGAUCGUGAAAUACGGCUGAAGCUGAAGUCAUUCUCCAACGAGGCCAUAUCAGUCGUACUGAGUGCAAAGCUCACAGCAACGUACCCUAAAUCGCUUCCAACUCUUAGUGUGGAAGGGACCACCAGCCUUCGGAGACGCACUCAAGAGAGGAUCCAGCACAUUUUGGGAGCCAAACCUGCUGAGCUGGUGGGAGAGGUCAUGCUUCACGAGAUUGCCACCGAGAUUCAGGAUGCGCUUGAAGACGAGGUCGCUGUGCGAGAGACCGACGGUACCUUUGAGAACCUUGGCGCAGAGCGCGCCGUGCAAGAGGCCGCAGCUGUAGAGCUGGCCAAACAGCAAGAGGUGGACCUCCAGAAAAAACGAGAUGAGGUCAAGGCCGAAGAGGAACGUAUGUUGCAGCAGAUGGUCAGCGACGAGAUGAAACGGAAGGACAUCAUGGCGAAACGUAAGAGCAACAGGACGUCUGUCAUUACGCCAACAUCAUAUUUCCAGACGGCCAAUAGCGCGAACUAUGUUUCGUUUGACAGGGUGAUUUCGUUGCAGCUGGAGGACACCAUCGUUGAAUGCAGUGCUGUUGAAGGCAUGUUGCCUUUUCGCAAAGGUCCGGUAACGGAAGAGCUUCUAGUCAAACCGAUCGGCUGCGCAACAAACGUCACUCUAAUUCUCAAACGCGUCCGGAUCGGCGACAAGGAUGCUUCUACGAUACCGCAUCUGAAAAGAGCAAUCAUGGAAUUUGAAGCGGAGAUGGAGGAGGUCAAGCGUCUGCGACAAUCUGUCGUUCUUAGUGUGUUCGACUUCAAGAUCGAACACUUGCCGGAAUCUGGUUGGGACAUCAACAUACUCAUGGAGUAUGCUAACAAAGGGUCUAUUGGCGAGAAGAUUGAAGAUGACGGCCAGAUUCCCGUGUCAAAGGUGCGAUCCUGGACAAUCGAGAUCUUGGAGGCGCUGGACUUCCUCCAUCGCAACGGCAUCGUCCACAAGCGGGUGUUCCCGCACAACAUUCUACUCACGAAGUCGUCUGAUGGAAACGUCUCCGUCAAACUGGCGGAUACAGCGUUCCAGCAGAGCUUGCACAACCUUAAUGACUUGUAUAAAGGUGAAAGAGCUUUCACGUCCUCUUGGUCUGCCUUUUGGGUGGCUGCUGAGCUUGGGCAAGAUAGCAAGAGGACACGAAAGACUGAUAUAUGGGAUCUGGGGGUGGUCUUCCUUCAGAUGCUCUUCGGUCUAAAUGUGCCUCACAAAUACAACUCGCCCAAGGAUUUGUCGGACGCACUGAACUGUUCCGAGCCACUCCAAGAGAUGAUGCGGAAGUUCUUCAAACCAGACCCACGCAAACGACCUUCGGCAUUUGAUCUCAUACCUUGCGAGUUUCUGCGCAACGAUGUGCCUGUGUACGAUCGACCUCCGACACCCAUGCGCUCCCGACAUUCAUCUUCGUCCCUAGGUCAUUACAGAUUUCGCCGCGAGUCCUCCACUGGUGCAGGUCCUUUCUACUCCCGCUAUGCAGAGGACUGGGUUGAGCAAGGACGCUUGGGUAGGGGCGGAUAUGGCGAAGUGGUGAAGGCACGCAACAAGGUCGACGGCCGUAUCUACGCCAUCAAAAAGAUCAAGCAGAAGUCCGCGUCAGCAUUGACUGAGGUCCUAUCGGAGGUCAUGCUGCUGUCACGACUCAAUCACCCCUGCGUUGUCCGCUACUACACAGCCUGGCCCGAAGGAGAUGUUAGCGGCAGCACAGAGCUAUCGGACAAUGACUCCACUUUUGACUCGGACGACUCUGAGUCGGACUCCAACGUCACUCCUGGUGAUACGCACAGUGUCACUUACAGUCGGAGUACAGGACUGGACUUCAUCAGUUCCAAUGACUACAAGAUCGAGUUUGGCUCUGAUGUUGGUUCAGAAGAAGAUGACGAGGCAGCUGUUAUAUUUGGCUCGGAUUCUGAGGAUGGAACGGGCACUGCAAGUGCUGGCCCUCGCUCACCUUUAGUCAGAAGACGGACCGCGUCCGGCACAUUCGCAACGCGUACUACUAGGUCCAUACUGUAUAUCCAGAUGGAGUUCUGCGAGAAGCAGACCCUACGUGAUCUUAUCCGUAGAGGGCUUUACGACGACCCAGAGGAAUACUGGAGACUUCUUCGUCAGAUCCUCGAAGGCCUUGCUCACAUUCAUGGACACGGCAUCAUUCAUCGCGAUCUCAAGCCGGACAAUAUUUUCAUCGAUAUGGCCAAGGUACCCAAGAUCGGCGACUUCGGGCUAGCUACCAGUGGUCAAUACCAGAAGCCAGACAGCAAGACGUCGAACGGCAAUCAAGAUGGCGGUGGUGAUAUGACGCGCAGCGUCGGGACUGCACUCUAUGUGGCCCCGGAGUUGAGCUCCACAGUCGCGGGCAACUACAAUGAUAAGGUCGAUAUGUAUUCGAUGGGCAUCAUCUUCUUCGAGAUGUGCUAUCCCCUGGGUACAGCUAUGGAACGAGACAAGGAGAUUCGCAAACUGCGCGAUCGCAAACAUGCCCUCCCCGUUGAUUUCGAGACUCCACAGAAGUCAUUGGAGGGUGGCAUCAUUACGUCUCUGAUCAGUCAUCGGCCAUCUGAGCGUCCCACCUGUGCUGAGUUGCUCAGGACCGGUAAGGUCCCUGUACACAUCGAGGACGAGGCUGUCAAAGAGGCCUUGAAGGCUCUGUCAGAUCGCAACUCUCCUCACUACGCGAAGAUGAUGACUGCCUUGUUCUCACAGAAGCCCGACACCCAGGCCAAAGACUACGCCUGGGAUAUGGGUGUUACCGCUCAGACCAUCAAAGCCAACGAUGUUCUUUUGCAGAAUCUGGUUAAGGACCGGUUGGCAAUGGUGUUCAGAAGUCACGGCGCCGUUGAGGUCCAGCGUCAGCUGCUACUGCCAUGGUCUGAUCAUUACGCCGACAACAAUGUGGUCAAGCUUUUUGACCCUUCGGGUACUUUGGUGCAGCUCCCGUUCGACUUCACACUGCCUCACGCUCGCAGCAUCGGCCGUGGUGCCCCCUUCUUGGAGAAGACAUUUACGAUCGGGCAGGUGUAUCGGGACACAUACUCAGGCGGUGCACCGUUGAGUAGCGGCGAAGCUGACUUCGACAUACUUUCUUACGAUACCCUCGAUCUUGCUCUCAAGGAGGCUCAGGUCCUGAAAGUGGUGGACGAAAUCAUUGACGAGUUCCCGUCGCUACGAUCAACGCACAUGUGCUUCCAUAUCAACCACGCCAACUUACUGGAUAUUAUCAUGGACUUCUGCAGAAUCAGCGUGCCCCAGCGGCCUGCAGUGAAGGCUGUCCUUAGUAAGCUGAACAUCGGUAAAAACAACUGGCAGUCAAUACGCAACGACCUGCGUUCUCCAGAUAUCGGCAUUUCAUCGACAUCGCUCGACGAUCUUGCUCGUUUUGACUGGCGAGACACGCCUGAGAAGGCCUUCUCGAAGUUGCGCCGAAUUUUUGAAGGGACCAAAUAUCAUGAUCGGACUCAUGCAAUCUUCAGCCACCUCAGCUCUGUCGUCAGCUACAUGAAACUCUGGAAUGUGAAACGAAAGGUGUACCUUAGCGCCCUCAGUAGCUUCAACGAGAAGUUCUACUCUGGCGGCAUCCUGUUCCAGUGUCUCUUUGACACCAAACAACGCCUGGUCCUCGCGGCGGGCGGUCGCUACGAUAAACUCAUCGAAGAGUAUCGUCCGAAAGGACCUGGAUACAACCGAACCGGGACCGGCUAUCACGCAGUCGGUGUCAACAUCGGAUGGGACCGGUUGGUGAGCUCUAUGACGCGCUAUCUCAAGAAACCAGAAAAGUCCACCUUCCUCAAGAAGCAUGUCGAAGAAGACACGCCGGCAGUUUCUUGGAUGCCACGCCGCUGCGAUUGUCUCGUAGCCAGCUUCGACCCGCAAGUCCUCCGCUCCUCGGGCGUCAAAAUGGUCUCGGAGCUUAUCGCCCACGGCUACACCGCCGAACUCUCCGUCGACGCACAUAACGUCGAAGACGUCCUGCGCCACUAUCGCGACGAUCGCCACAGCUGGGUCAUCAUCAUCAAGCACGGCGUCGCCCCCGACAAGCCCGACCUGAAAGUAAAAUCCAUCGCCAAGAAAGAAGACACUGAUCUCAGAUCCGCAGACCUGCUGAACUACCUACGCAACGAACUCCGCGACCGCGAAACCCGCGAGGGCAGCGCAGCCCAGCGCCUCACUAAAGCUGCGCCUGUCUCCGGCCCGUUGAACACGCCGUCAGCAAGAGCGAACGUCGAUGUUCUUAUCUCCCAUCACCGAUCAAAGAAAAGCAAUAAAUGGUCCAUCGUCGAAGCCGCGCAAUCCCGCUCCCAUGCGCUCCUGGACAGCUUCCAUGACGCGCCUAUCGCUGCCAUCGAGACGAAAGAUGAGGUCAUGAACAGCAUACGUGAGACUAGGCUUAGCGAUCCAGACUCUUGGCGCCAUGCGAUCCAGAAAUUGCCCAUCGUGGAAAGAAAAUAUCUUCAGGAAUUGCAUGAUUUGCUACUUGGAUAUCGGGCCAGUUGGAGGAACGAGGAAGAAGUGAAGGGGGAGGGCAAGGCGUUUGUGUAUAACUUCAGGACGGGUGGGUGUUUAUUGUAUGAUCUUGAUGGGUGAUGGGAGGGAUUGCAUGGGUUGCUGGUUGGGCGAAAUGGUACAAGGCUGAAGCUGUGAGGGAACACAGAUAAUACAAUGCCUACAGAAAGGUUACGUAGGCUGCACGCAGCCUGACCAAUGACUGAAAUUAUUAAGUCGCGAAA